CCUCGAAUCGCAUUUAGUUCAAAUUGAGUGGUUAAGCCGUUGUAGCAUCAUGAAUAUAAUCAAUACGAUGGCCAAUUGAGCAUUACGCUAGGUCGUAGAAUGAUGUUCAGCGUUACCAAUUACCAGUUGUGGUAACGUGAAAUAGCAUGAAGCAUGGAUCUCAAAUACAGAAUUCUUACAUUAGACGACUUGAAAGAUGUUCGUCAACUUUUGGAAGACUAGUUUGCUCUCAUGAAAUACCUUGGAGUGGAAAAUGACGAUCUACGUGACACCUACUAUUCGCGUGUUGGGCCAUUUCUAAAACAAGAAAACUCAUUUGGAGGAUUUGAUGAAACGGAGCAAUUAUUUGCAGUUAUUGUUAAUGUUAAAUAUGAGGAAAACGAAAAUAUGAAUUUUGAAAAGAUGUUGAAAUCACAGGGAAACAAAAAGAUAGAUGCAAUUGUUCGGCUAAUGAAACAUCUCGGUAAAGAUGAACUACCCGCCAUUUUGAGAACUACUGAGUAUUGGGAGAUGAAGAUGAUAACAGUUCAUCCAAAAUAUCGUCGCUCGGGAGUGGUAAAGGAAUUGAUUCGAAAAACCAUCGAACUUGCUAAGCGGAAAAAUAUUGAAAAACUUGUGUGUUUCCAAACUUACGAACAACCACCAGAUAAUCCUCUUGGAUUGUAUGUUAUAAAACGAAUUCAACUGAGCGAAUACACAGACUCUGUAACUGGGAAAAAUAUAUUUUCUGGAUUGAAUCCACCAAACCACGUUCAAAUUAUGUACGGAUAUAAUGUACAAGAAAAUAAUAAUAACACUUCUGAACAUUUCACAGAUGUCGCAAGUACGUCAUCUAAUAUUCGAUAAAUUUACAAGAAGGCUUCGUUAAUCAGAUGACUGGUGGAAUAUUUCGUGGCGCCUUGUUAACUGGGGAUGUCCGUUUUCGUAAAUCGUUAAAUGUCCUAAUCUUGUUUCUCGCUUUAUUGGUUGGUUGCACCACGAGAAUAAAUAUAUGCACUCAUUAACAGUCACUUGGAAUUUUAAUUUUAUUGUUGCACUUACUGCUCAAUCGCAUUAGAAUGUAAGCGUAUAACUAAUUAGAACAAAUGGCUUUUAUGGCGGAACUAUAUUUCGCCCUUUUUUUGUUUUUAUCUGUUUAUAUUUUUUGGGUCGUGUGUAGAAUCGUGGUUUUAACUAAUAUAUUUUUUAAUUAACUAAAUUUCGUUUUUCUCGGCUAAAUCCGAGUACCUCUGCCAACGUGACAUUGUUUAGGACUACUCCUAUUUUGUUGUUGAUCGGA